AUGAAAAUUGAGGAGCUAAUCAUUGAUGGUUUCAAAUCUUAUGCGGCCAGAACAGUGAUAUCCGACUGGGACCCUCAAUUCAAUGCUAUUACAGGGCUUAAUGGUUCGGGGAAGUCGAAUAUAUUGGAUGCAAUUUGUUUUGUCCUCGGUAUAUCUUCAAUGUCUACCGUGAGAGCCUCCAAUUUACAGGAUUUGAUUUACAAGAGAGGUCAAGCCGGUGUAACAAAGGCAAGUGUUACCGUAGUAUUCGAUAACAGUGAUAGAGAUAAUUCUCCUAUUGGGUUUACAAACUCUCCUAAGAUUUCUGUGACCCGGCAAGUUGUGCUUGGAGGAACGUCCAAAUAUUUGAUCAAUGGUCAUAGAGCACCUCAACAAUCCGUUCUACAAUUAUUUCAGUCAGUUCAAUUAAAUAUUAACAAUCCUAAUUUUCUAAUCAUGCAAGGUAAGAUUACUAAAGUGCUUAAUAUGAAACCUACUGAGAUUCUGUCAUUGAUAGAAGAAGCUGCAGGAACUAAGAUGUUUGAAGAUAGAAGAGAGAAAGCAGAACGUACCAUGGCAAAGAAGGAAACUAAACUACAGGAAAAUAGAGCAUUAUUGGCUGAGGAAAUUGAACCAAAACUAGAAAAAUUGAGAAGUGAAAAGAGAAUCUUUCUUGAUUUUCAAACGACCCAAACAGAUCUCGAAAGAACCUCAAGAGUGGUCAGUGCAUUCAAUUAUUACAAUAUGAAGCAUAGGCAAUCUAGUUUUGAACAAACACUGCAAGAUAGUGAAGAUAAAUGUAAUCAUUUGAAGGAGGAGAUCGAAAAGGUCUCAGAAGAAAUUAAGAGUUUAAAUGAAGAUUUAGAAGAAUUAAAGCUUCAGAAGAAAAAUGAAAUGGAUAAUGAAGGUAGGCUUGUGAACUUUGAAAAAGAAGAAAGUGAUUUGCUUAAGCAAAUAUCAAGAAUCAAGACUACUUUAUCGAUUAAAAAUGACAGUAUUGAUGAGGCAGAAAAGGAACUCCAAAAACUUAACUCGAAUAAUGAAGAGUUGACUAAGGAGUUAGAAAUGAAAUUGGCCCAGUACACUUCAACAGAAAAAGAAUAUGAAAUAGCAAAUUCUGAACUUACUAGAUUAAAAGAACUACAGGGGAAAAAAUCCGAACUUCUUUCAACAUUAUCGACGGGUAUUUCUUCCAAUGGCGCUACAGAUGAUGGCUAUAGUGCACAGCUUGUUGCUACGAAAAAAAAACUAAACGAUACUGAAGUGCUCAUAAAAAAGCUGAAUAUGAAACGUAGCAUGCUACAGAAGGAAUUAGCGUCUAAUGAGCCCAAAUUAUUUCAAGCUAAAAGAGAACAUGAAAAAUCCAGUAAAAUAAUGGAACAAAAUGAAAAAUAUUGUGGAGAACUACGAUCGCAACUGGCCAGUUUUGGUUAUGACCCGGAUUUGCUAAAAUUUUUGAGAAAAGAAGAGAGUGAAGUGCAACAACAACUGUAUAGGGCUAACGAGGAAGCUGAGGCGCUUAAAAGGCGCGUUGCAAAUAUUGAGUUUAACUACACAAGGCCUUCUGCAAAUUUUGAUCCAAAAUCAGUGAAAGGUGUUGCAGCUCAAUUAUUCACGGUUGAUCAACAACAAUUUGAUAAUGCAAUUGCUUUACAGGUGUGUGCAGGUGGCAGACUCUAUAAUAUUAUUGUUGAUAACGAGAUAACUGCAUCACAACUGCUUGAGAGGGGAAGACUAAAAAAGCGUGUCACAAUUAUACCACUAAGUAAGAUUGCAACAAGAACCUUGAAUAAAAAUACCCUGGCCUUAGCCAAAGAGCUGGCUCCUGGAAAAGUAGAACUAGCAUUGAACCUGAUCGGAUAUGAUGAUGAAGUGAGUAAAGCUAUGGAAUUCAUAUUUGGUAACGGUCUAGUUUGCAAAGAUGCCGAUACUGCAAAAAAGGUUACUUUCCACCCUAAUAUUCGUACCAGAAGUAUCACACAACAAGGUGACGUAUAUGAUCCAGAAGGUACUCUUUCUGGUGGUAGUAGAAAUACUACGCGCUCUUUACUAGUUGAUAUCCAAAAAUAUAAUCACGCAGUGGCUAAAGUGAAUGAGCUAGAACUAAAGCUUAUUGAGAUGCAAAAAAAAUUGAAAGAACAGGAAGAGACGUCUCAAAAAACAAAGUCAUUACAAAAUGAGUUGAACUUAGCUGAUCAUAAGCUUAAUAUUGCACAACGACGUUUGGUAGAAAAUUCAGCUGCUCAAAUCAUCAAAAGAAAUAAAGAACUGCAUGAAGAAUUGCAAGGAUGUGAGGAGCAAAUUCUUGUUGAAAAGAAAAAUGCUAGUGCUUUAGAGAUUGAAAUUGAGACUACAAAAAAGGAUGCAGAAGAAUUUUCAAAAGAUAAAAAUUCCAAGUUGAGCAAGCUAAAAAAUGAGAUUGAAAAACUGAAUAAAGCUAUUGAAGACGUAGAAAAUAAAUCAGAAUCACUAUACGAUUUGUAUCAGAAUUUACAGUUGGAAACUGAGCAAUUGGCGAAUGAAAUAAAAUCAAAUAAAGAAAUGAUGGAGCAGACAAAAGCAAACGUCGGCAAAUUAGAAGAAGAAAAGGUAUCUGUAGACUCACACCUACAAGAAUUAAAUACUUCGUUAAUUGAAGUGCAAACAAGGGUAAAAGAAGAGAGGGCAAGACUCUUAGGGAUUGAUGAAGAAUUGAAGGAACUUGAAUCUUUAGUUAAGAGUAAGCAAGAUACAAAAUCACAACAUGAAAUUGAUUUGAAAAAGAUUACCAAUGAAACAAAUUCAUUCAGGCAAAAUUCCACGAAUUUGCAAGCCAAUAUAGAGAAACUUAUUGAUGAGCAUGAAUGGCUCCAGGAUAUGGAAGUGGUGAAAGGCAUUGUCAAUCAGUAUCAUGGUAUAAACUUACAGGAGUACACUGAACGACAGAAGCAACUUCACGAGAAAUUUAGUGAAAUGAAACGAAAGGUGAACCCUAAUAUCAUGAGUAUGAUAGAAAACGUAGAAAAGAAAGAGACGGCAUUGAAAACUAUGAUAAGAACGAUCGAAAAGGAUAAAAUGAAAAUUCAAGAAACAAUAGGCAAGCUCAAUGAGUAUAAAAGAGAAACUCUUAUAAAAACUUGGGAGAAGGUUACAAAUGAUUUUGGAAAAAUAUUUGAGGAUUUGUUACCUAAUUCAUUUGCAAAAUUAGUACCAUGUGAGGGAAAGGAUGUCACUGAGGGACUUGAGGUGAAGGUCAGGCUAGGUACUAUAUGGAAAGAGAGUUUAGUCGAGUUAUCUGGGGGUCAGCGGUCCUUGAUUGCAUUAUCGCUGAUUAUGGCAUUGUUACAAUUUAGACCCGCUCCUAUGUAUAUCUUGGAUGAAGUUGAUGCGGCACUGGAUUUGAGUCACACACAAAACAUCGGUCAUCUGAUCAAAACAAGAUUCAAGGGUUCGCAGUUCAUUGUUGUGUCCCUGAAGGAAGGUAUGUUCAACAAUGCGAAUAGAGUGUUUAGGACAAGAUUUCAAGACGGUACCUCUGUAGUCAGUAUCAUGUAG